AUGGACCAAAACGGGGAUGAAUAUAAACAAGAAUAUAAUCCUUAUGAGCAUCGAGAUGUAAAACAGCCAAAUUCAGAUCUCCGAUCAUUAGCGAAUUUAGUCAAAGCAUCCCUAGGUUCAGGACUUCUUGCCAUUCCUUUAGCUUAUGCGAACUCGGGAUGGGCUUUAGGAAUUGUUGGUACAAUAAUAGUAGCUUCCAUUUGCUGUCAUUGCGUCUAUAUAUUCGUUGAAACGUCCCGUGAAUGUUGUCGCAUUGUUCGAAAGCCUUUACUUGGUUAUGCUGAAACAUGUAAAGCAGCUUUUGCAGUUGGACCAAAAGGAAUGAGACCAUAUGCCAAUUUCGCUGGAAUAUUUGCUGAAUCUUCGUUAUGUUUUACAUAUAUUGGAAUAUGUUGUAUAUUUACUGUUUUGAUAGCGGAUUCGAUUAAACAGUUAUUUGACCGCUAUGUCACAACAGUAGAUCUGCCUGUCGAAUAUUACUGUUUGAUUUUGCUCGUGCCACUCUGCAUCAUGUGCCAAAUCAGAUACUUAAAAUGGCUAGCGCCUUUCUCAUUCAUAGCUAACGUUUUGCUAAUCAUCACGUUUGCUAUAUGCUUGUAUUAUAUUUUUAAAGAUGAAAUUUCAUUCGCCGAUAAGAAAGUCGUUGGUGAGGCAGCCAGAUUUCCCGUAUUUCUGUCCACAGUUAUAUUCGCAAUGGAGGGUAUUGGAAUGGUAAUGCCCGUUGAGAACUCCAUGAAGAAACCGGAACACUUCCUUGGGUGUCCCGGAGUAUUGGUGAUUGCGAUGUCGGUAAUAAUGUUGUUAUACUCCAUCCUGGGUCUUUUCGGAUACCUCAGAUACGGCGAUGCUCUUAGAGGAUCUAUUACCCUUAAUUUGCCCAUUAAUGAUUGGCCGGCAAUUUGCGCGAAGUGUUUCAUAGCGCUGUCCAUUUUAUUAACAUAUCCAUUGCAUUUCUACGUUGUCCUUGAUAUUUUCACUCGAUACGCAGAGCCACACAUAAAAGAAAAAUAUAGAUCAAUAACACAAGUAUUUGUACGAAUUGCCGUCGUAUGUAUUUCAGGUGGUAUUGGAAUCGCACUUCCAAUGUUGGAACAAAUCAUUAACAUUGUUGGCGCUUUAUUUUACUCAAUCUUGGGAAUAAUUAUUCCCGGCAUUAUAGAAACUGUAUUUCGGUGGGAGAAUCUUGGAAGAUAUCAGUGGAUUUUAUGGAAAAACAUCUUGAUUGUUUUAUUUGGUAUAUGCAGCAUGAUCUCUGGCUGUGCGGUCUCCAUCUCAGACAUUAUUAGCAUACUUAACAGUAAGACCCAAUAA